AGAAAAAGCUUUCCGAAGUUCUCGCGCGAGAAAAAUAAUAACAUUUCGCUGAUUGCAUGGGAUCUCUUACGGGAUUUUCUCGUUAAAAUUUGGCUAGAUUUCGAGAAAAAACAUGUGGUGAUCAAACGUACACACCAUCUCUCACAUGUUAAAGAUGCAAUCACUUUCCGCGCUCUUUUCCGUAAUGGCCUUUUUCUCCCCGGAACCCAAUCGGUGUGUGCCAAGUCAGCUGUGGAUCCGGGAGAAGAUGGGUCCCCGGUGUCGUGGUAGGAUUUUUCUAACUUUGCUGCCCUUGGCCAGUGGAGAUGGAGAAGUAUUGGAGCGGAGGAUAAAGGAAGUCUCAGUUCUAUCCACUUAAGGUCCCACCAUUCUCGCACUUUUUUCAACAGAGAUGAAGAAAUGCUCUCCAGUGGAAAGCCGAGGCAACCCCUCUUUUCUCUGCCCGAAUCUCUCUUUUUGCACAUAAAUCUACCUCCACUGUCCUUCUGAUGCUUAUUUUAUUUGUUCUUUUUGUGAAACUUACUGAUAUAUAUUCUAUGUUAUCCUAAAUGUUUUGUGGUGGUGGUGGUCUUGGCAUCUGAAUUUGAGCUAAAGUUGGGUCUUUUUGAGGUGGGGUUCUGUGUUGUCUUGUCAGCAGUUUGGUUUGUUAGAACUUUUGGGUACUUGAUUAUUAUAUUAAAGGUUUGAUUUUUACCAGGAGGAUUGCUUUUGGUGCUAGAGAGUUGGUCUGUUUCUGUAAUUUUUUAUUAGAUAUCGUCGUUUGUUUAUGAUUUUCAGUCAAAAGAUUUGUUUCUUUGAAGUGGUGUGAUAUUGGGUGUUGAUAGAAUUCUGGUUUUGUCAAGAUUCACUGAUUCUGAUACCUUAGAGGAUUUUGAUUGCUGAAUGAAUUCGGAGCACUUGUUUUGCAAGUGGGUUGAUUCUCGUUGCCCUUGUGAACUUUUGAAAUUGCCAUCUAGGGGAAGAGAAUUUGAUGUAAUGGUCAGUGGUGAAUUUGGCUUUUAAGGAUUGCAAAUGGGGAAGAACCAGUUAUUGUGAGUGGAAUUUGUGGUAAAGGGCUUGAAGAGAAUGAUGAAAGGGGGGAAAGAUGAGGAAAAGGUAAUGAGUCCUAUGUUUCCCAGGCUUCAUGUGAAUGAUACAGAGAAAGGAGGACCAAGGGCACCUCCAAGGAAUAAAAUGGCUCUUUAUGAACAGUUCAGUAUCCCUUCCCAAAGGUUUGGAUCUGGAUCAGUGUCCAUGUUGCCCCUUCCUCCAAAUAAGGGUAGCAGCUUGGUUCCAUCAAUAUCAUCAAGUAAUGUGAGUUUGCUAGUUUACGUGACUUUUUAAAAGUUAAUAAAUAUCUAUAUACAAU